AUGAUUAGUUUAAAUACAGAUGAAGAUUUAAAUAAUUUCCAAAGAAGAAAUGUUGAAUUGGUUAAAUUCCCUCCAUCAAUGUAUUAUAAAACUUAUGAAGAAUUAGGAGAGAAGUUAGAUGAAUUAGAAGGAAUCACAGUUGUAAGUGGAAGCAUCUGUACUGUUGGACCUUUUAGUAGUUUCAAAUUGAAUGAAUCUCAAGAUCCAGUGAUAAUACCGACAGAUAUGAUUAAAGAAGAAACCACACCUACACCGGAUGAAAAGCCAUUACGAAAAAAACCACGAAAGUCACUUGCAAUAUCAAUACAAGAAGAUUCCCCUGUCUCCUCCAGUAAUAUAGAUACAAUAGCACCUUCGUCUACUCCUACUCCACCAAUUAGUGCAAAUAUCCAUGACUCCCUCUUUUCCAAGACAAGCAAUUCCUGGGUCCAUUAUGAAUUAUUAGAUUAUGCUAAAUUGACUAUUCUUGCAAUAAAAGGAACAGAUUAUAAAUUCAAUGAACAGAAUAUGUUACAUAUCUUAUAUCCUAAAUUCUUUCCAAACUUAGAUUCUGAUGAUUGGUUUGCUAAUGCUCAAUUGGUAAAUAAUAAACUAUACAAGCUUUCAAAGACAUCCCUUGAAAUCUUUCCUUUAUUUCCAAAAUUAUUAAAUGAAUUCACUUCAGAUAUAUUUUCAUUUAAUAGAAUGAUAUUUUCAUAUAAUUAUUUCGAUAUUCAUGUCAUGCCAGCUGUUAAAAAAAUUAUUGGAGAAUUUGUAUGUUAUGAUUUCACUUCAUGGGAUUUAAACAAAUUACAUCAUGAUAAUCAAGACAAUCAAGAUAAUCAAAUCGAUCCUACUCCAGAUGAAUUAAUAACAGAUAUAAAGCUUGCCAUUAUCGAUCUAGUGUUAGGUUUAGCCGCAUUUAAAUAUUCAUGUAAAUAUACUAAAUCCGUUUCAAAUGAUGCAGAUAAAUAUCAUGUUGAUGAGUAUUUACGAAUAAGUAUAGAAUUAAGGAAAUUGAGUAUAACAAUAAUAAAUUAUCAUUUGGAUGAAUAUGAUAAUAAUAGUGAAAUCCUCGCUGAGAUAAGUAAAUCAGAACCAAAAUAUGAGGAAUAUGAAAGUUUAUUAAUUAUGGCCUUGAUUUUCCAAAUUGAAUUAGAUUGUAGACUUAGUGUCUUUGAAAAUUUGGAACUUAUAUUUGCAAUUGGAGAUUAUAUUAUUAAGAAUAAGCUUAAACAUCAAAAAUUAACUAAUUUUACCAAAUUCUUAAUUCAAGUAUUUAAGAUAUCUCAUAUUUUUUACGAAAGUACACAAGCAGUGAAUAUUUUUAAUUAUUCAAUAAGCAAGGGUGAUGAAGAAAUUAAUUAUCGUGACUUGAAUGAGAAUUAUGAUUUGAUAAGUAUGAGUGAUGGAGAAGAUGAUGAUGAAGUAGAUGACGAUGAUGAUGAUGAUGACGAGGACGACAACUAUGGCAAUCAGAAAAACGGAAGGGAAAGCUCUUCAAAGAAACUACAGAUAAAACCGACGAUAAACAAUCUUGUCAUAUCCAAUACCACCACAGAAGGAACCGCGGUGUACGAGCCAAUGUCAUUCACAGUUAGCUUCAAUAAGAGGAAAGAUCUGACAAGUAUAGUUGACGAACCAGAUAGAAGACCAAGUAUGCCGAAAUCAAAAGCACCCUUCAUCCCAACCACUAACCAAUUUCAAGAAGCGAUUGUUGACAUCAAUGCAAUCUAUAUGAUGUAUGGUAUCCCAAAAUCAUUACUCGAUCUCUUUCAUGAAAUAAUACACCUCACAAAUCAUAAAAAUAUGUUUAGACGUUGGAAAGUCUUCCCCCGAAAUUUUCCAAAAAUUUGUGCCGAAAUUGAAGAUCGAUUAAUUAAUUGGAAAAUCGCCGAUCUGAAUUGGGAACUAGAUUCAGAUAAUAAUGCAUUUCAUAAAUGUCUCGAACUAAACAUCUUAUCUUUCCAUUGUGCUUUGAUCGUAUAUUAUAAUCGAUUAAUCAAAGAUCGAACAAAAGUAACCGAAUAUCAACAAUAUAUAACUCAAUCUGUCCAAUAUCUUGAACAACUAAUCCAAUUAUCCAGCACGGCGACUGAUUUUAAAGUCAGACCAUUAUUUUGGACCUUGCUAGUAUGUGGAGCGGAUAGUUUGGACACGACUACACAAAAAACGAUUCAGAAUAUGUGGAAGAAGACGGAUAAUUAUGCUUUACAGUCGAAUUAUUGGCGGGCGAAACAGAUUUUGUAUGAGGUUUGGAAGAGAAGGAAGAUUGGUGAAGAUUUGGGAUUUAUGGAUAUGGUUAGAGAAUGGGAUAUUGUAUUGUAUUUAGGAUGA